CAGGAACAGAGGAGGAAGCAUCAUCUUCAUCAUCAUCACAUCCUCAUCUUCAGGACACACCGAGGACUCACGGAGCAUCCGCCGCCGCAACGGAAGCAGCAGACCCGGGGACAUGGACUCUGAAGGCAGCCGAUCCGCGGCCUGCACCGGCUCCAGCCUCCUGCAGCCGGUCAGCGUGAUCACCGACCUGCCGCUGGACCAGGUGAACUUUGUGGUGUGUCAGCUCUGUGCUCUGCUGUCGGCCUUCUGGUUUCGUCUCUUCCUCCAUCCCAGUAAAACCAGUCCCUUCAUCAGACACAUGGUGGCGACUCUACUGGGACUCUACUUCGCUCUGUUCUGCUUUGGCUGGUACGCACUUCACUUCCUGGUGCAGAGCGGACUCACCUACGGCAUCAUGAUCCUGACUGGAGUCCAACACAUGCACAAAUACUGUCUCCUGGUGGCACUCAGCUAUCUGAGUCUGUGUCAGAUCACUCGAGUCUACGUCUUUGACUACGGCAUGUACUCGGCCGACUUCACCGGACCCAUGAUGGUGAUCACACAGAAAAUCACCAGCCUGGCAUUUGAAAUCCACGAUGGAAUGGCUGGAAAAGAGGAUAAUCUGACCCCGGGACAGAAGAUUUUGGCGAUAAGGAGGAUGCCCAGUCUGCUGGAAUACUUCAGCUACAACUGUAACUUCCUGGGGAUCCUGGCCGGACCCACCUGCUCCUACAACGACUACAUCGCCUUCAUUGAGGGAGACCCCCGUCGCCACAGGGACCAGGGCGCUGAAGGGAAGUCCAGCGUCAAGCGGAGGCAGAGCGAGCCCUCACCAAACACUGAGGUCGUCCGUAAAGUGACCACCUCCUUCUGCUGCCUCCUGCUCUUUCUGUUGGUGUGUAAAGUUUUCCCUGUGGAACGAAACAUUGACGACAACUUCAUCUCCAACACAACGUUCUACUCUAGGGUGGUCUACCUGUACCUGUCCAUGGUGACCACCAGACCCAAGUACUACUUUGUCUGGACUCUGGCUGAUGCCAUCAACAAUGCUGCAGGUUUCGGCUUCAACGGUUACGACAGUGACGGCUCUCCUCGCUGGGACCUGAUCUCCAACCUGAGGAUCCUGAACAUCGAGUUUGCCACCAGCUUCAAAGUCUUCCUCGACAACUGGAACAUUCAGACGGCUCACUGGCUCAAACGAGUGUGUUACGAGCGAUGUCCCUACCACCCGACAGCAGCCACCUUCAUCCUGUCGGCCAUGUGGCACGGAGCGUAUCCAGGUUACUACCUCACCUUCCUCACCGGCAUCGUCAUCACACUGGCUGCCAGAGCGGUCAGACACAACGUUCGGCCAUACUUCCUUCAAUCUCCCUCCCAUAAGCUGGUCUAUGAUGUCAUCACAUGGGCGGCCACUCAGAUCGCCAUCUGCUACACAGUGGUGCCUUUUGUCCUGUUGUCUGUCGGUCCAUCAAUAAAGUUUUACAGAUCGUGGUUUUUCAGUCUCCAUAUCGGCUGCGUCCUGUUGGCCGUGGCAUUGCCAGUCAAACGGAGACAUCUCCACCUCAGGGACCAGCAGAGAAACCUCCCCCAGGAUCCGCGUCAGCAUCCCCUGGAGGCUACAGAAAGUAACUGCAGCCAGAAGGAAAGAAACACAUGAGAGAGAAGAGAAAGAGCAAUCGGGCAAAACAUAAUAUUUCCAUUCAGUUGUUUAGAAAGAGGAGGUGAGCCUCAUCAGGCUGAGCUUCCUCCCUUCUGUGAUACAGAAACAUGAGGGUCAGGUUAAAAUACUGUAUUAUUUGAACUCAUGGGGCAAAUGGAUACACAGAACAGGCCAUGAAAUUAUUUUCUCAUAAACGACUUCCAGGAUAGCAUCUAUAUGUACUGAACUAUCAUGGCCACCUGGGUAGUGUUAAACUGACUCCAUUUGGUUUGUAGUCAGAAAGCUACUGACUGUCCAUCUGCAGGAAGCAAUGAAGAAAAGGAGGAAUAGGUAAAAGGGUAAUUGGAACAACAGUCGAACAAAUGAUUGUAGAUGUUAUAUGCAAAAACAGAAUGAGGAAGGGAGGAGUAAAUUAGUCGAGUGAAAAAGAGUCAGGUUAAGGGGUGAAUGAGCAGGUCAGUGAGUUACUGCAUUAACCAGUAAAUGAAUGUUUUCUCCUCCACAUUGAUCUAAUCUGACAGACUGUCAUUGUCUCAUCAUCACAGUAUUCAGACAAAUCACUUUGGAGAAAGUGCCAAUGAUUAUUAAACUCAGUCGCCUUAGGGCUUACGUGUUUUACAAGACAAAGAGAUUUUUCACUCUGUCCUGAUGUGGUGACAGCGACGUCGUGUUUACAUUUGUAAAUGUCAUGUAGUUAUUUAUAUAACCAAUCUUUCUGACGAGGCCUCAAUUAUUAAGGCUUAAUUGGGUGUAAUUACUGGCUGUUAAUAAUUAAUAACGAUAAUAUUGCUAAUGAAUAAAAAAGUUUUAUUAAAACUCUUCAUUUACACUAUUUAAAGUUUGUACAACAGCCAGUCAAAUGUUUCUACCAAAAUAAGUCUGCAGUCGUACAUGUUAAUAAGAAGUAUACAUAUGUACAUAUAUAUAUAUAUUAUUAUCUGAUGUACUAUAUGUAUACACAUAUACAUAUAUAGUACAUCAGAUAGUCAUCCGACCUUUUGUCUUUAGUCUAAUUCAUUAAACAUCUUAGAAGGGUUAAAAAACGGCUGCAGGAUAUAUUAUAUAAAAAAUGUGCAUACACACAUUCAUAUUUUAUUCAUAAUCAUAAAUAUAUACAUAUAGCUCUUUUUUAACCCUUCUAAUAUGUUUAAUGAAUUAGACCAAAAACAAAAGGUCGGAUGACUAUGGGCUCAUCUGUGAAGCAGUAAAUUAAUUAUCAACUAUCAAUAAAGCUACUGAUUACCGCUCAUUAACGCUUAAUAAAUGAGGCCUUAACAGGUGGUACCAUGUUCUUUAUGACAUGUGCUGUUGUUGAUGUUCAGAGUCCGAACAAGGAAAAACAAGUGUAACAACAUUUUAAGAAUGAGUUCAAACUGUGAAAUUCAAACGUCCAUGAUGUGAUAAGAAAUGCUGUUUUUUAAUAUUUUUUUUACCUUUCCAUAGACUCAACAAAUUUCCCAUGUGGUUGAAUGCAGUGAUUAAAUAGAAUGGUACAGGUAUAGAUUCAGUUUUAUUUAUUAUAAUUUAUAAUUAAUAAUAUUAUAUAUUUUAUUGUUUUGAUUUUAUACAGGGAUGUUUUAUGGUUCAAAUUAGCUCCUAAAAAGAAUUGGGUUUAAUGAUUCUACGUCAUGUUUACUAACAGCUUAACUCUUUGAUUUAAGGACUGAGCAAUUCAACAGGUAGAAGAUAAUGAGUUGACAUAAUGUGAAUAAUUGAUUAGUUGAUGCACGGAAGAAUAUGUUACAAUUUGGGUUAGGGUUAGGGUUUUGCCAAACAUAGUCCCAGGUUCUCAUGUGUGAGGGUUUUCUUUGAAAGGAAAUCUCUGAGUCUCAAGAUGUCUCUUGCACUGUGGGACAUUAGCAUUUUUAUUUUUGAUAUUUAAAAUGAUUAAUUGAAAGUUAAUUUGAUCAGUUAGACAGUUAGCGGGCUCAGUUUGUUUGGUGUAAGAUGUUUUUAAUGUUUAAACACAACUAAAUGGAUAAGUGAUUCAUUUAAUGACACAUGUUUUUUCCUGCAGUUUUAAAAGUUUGUUCCUUCUCAGUGUUUUGAUUUCAAACAUGAAUAAAUCCA